AUGCCUCCGCAGUGGCGCACGCAAGUUUGGGAAUUCCUUCGGCAGCAUGUGCUCCCAGAAGUCUUGGUCAAGAGGAGGUUGAACUUUAUCACCAUUCACUAUCUAUAUCUGACGGGCAUGUCUCUUCUUCUGUCGGUCAUCAUUUACGGUAUUGGAGAUAUUUCUUACAUCAACGCCCUCUUCUUCGCUUCUGGAACCUGCACUCAGAGUGGUCUCAACACGAUCGACAUCAACCAGCUUCACAGUGGUCAGCAGGCCAUGCUCUACUUUGGGGCCAUGGUCUGCAAUCCCAUCAUUGUCAAUUCGGCAGUUGUGUUCAUCAGACUCUAUUGGUUUGAAAAAAGAUUCAAGGAUGUGGUCCGGACUUCUGCUUUGAUUCGACGGACUCGAUCGAGACAGAAGACCGAGACGUUUGGCCGUGACGAUCCGGAGCAAGGCAGCCUGGUGGGGGUUCGUGGCCGGGCCAUCCAGAUCUUGAGAAAUACCGGCCGCAGGGCUACCGACCUGUUGGAACCCAAGGAUGGGCCAGGAGCUCAUGCCAAUGGCAAGGCGGUGGAAACAUCCAACCCAUCUGAAGCCGACACCGAAAAAGCCAACGGCGGAGCAGGUCCCGAUGAUUAUUUGCGUCUGCAGUCUAGCCGCUCGACAGACGAUGUGCGUGUCCCUCCGCAACUCAGCCCCGAUCAGCACAUCCGCUUUCUGGAGAAUCAACGUAACCCUAGUGACAUGACUGCGUUGAGAAUUCCAAGUCCUCGAGAGUUUGAACGGGGAAGCCGGCCCCAAAAUGUGCACAAAAGCAUCGACGACACGCUCAUGGGAAAGGUCGCCAGCGACACAGACCUUGCCGCAGCAAACGAAAAGCGCAGCCUGGACCUUAAUCCGCGAUCCGAAGGCGCUCCCGCCCAUAUCACUAUUGAUGAGCCACAGCCUUUCCGCGAUCGCAACGACAGGACAACGACCUUUCCCCGGCUGAAUACGAGACAAUCCACCCAGGCCCGGCAGACGUACGAUUCGUCUGACCCCGGAUCCCAGCUCCGGCCAAGGCGGUCCAACACCUUUCGUAGCCUGAGCCGUAGCAACACUGGCCGGACGCUGGAUCCAGCUCCGUAUCUGAGUUGGCAGCCUACCAUCGGUCGGAACUCUCUGUUCGUCGGCCUGACCGAAGAACAGCGAGAAGAAUUAGGCGGCAUCGAAUACCGGGCGCUCAAAACCCUGGCUUUGAUCCUUGUUGUCUACUUUGUCGCUUUCCACCUCCUCGGCAUUGUUUGUCUUGUUCCUUGGAUUCUGCACACGGAACGGUACGGAAAAGUGGUGACGGCCGCGGGUCAAGGUCGAGUCUGGUGGGGUUUCUUCACCAGUGCUUCCGCCUUCAACGAUCUUGGAUUCACUCUCACAAGCGAUUCGAUGAUGUCCUUUGGCACUGCGAUCUUUCCCAUGCUUCUGAUGAGCUUUUUGAUCAUCAUCGGCAAUACUGGCUUUCCCUGCAUGCUGCGGCUCAUCAUCUGGCUAAUUUCCCAUUUUGUGCCGUUUGGUGGCCCUCUGUGGGAAGAACUGCGAUUUCUCCUCGACCACCCUCGUCGAUGUUUCACCCUGCUCUUUCCCGGAUCCGCCACCUGGUGGCUGUUCGCCAUUCUUGUCGUGCUCAAUGGCGUGGAUCUGAUUUUCUUCAUCAUUCUUGAUCUGAACGAUUCAGUCAUCACCCAGAUGAGCGGCGGAAUCAAGUUUGUGGAUGGACUGUUCCAGGCUGCCUCUACUAGAACAGCUGGUUUUUCAGUGGUCAAUCUGGCCGAGUUGCAUCCUGCCAUCCAGGUCAGUUACCUCAUCAUGAUGUACAUUUCAGUGUUUCCGAUUGCGAUUUCCAUGCGAAGAACCAACGUGUAUGAAGAAAAAAGCCUGGGGAUUUAUGGAAAGGGUGCAGAUGAGGAGGAGGACGAGAGAGAACCAAGCUAUGUGGGUGCGCAUCUGAGGCGACAACUCUCUUUUGAUUUGUGGUACGUCUUUUUGGGCAUGUUCAUCAUUGCUGUGGUGGAGGGGGGUCGAUUGGAAAACACCAACCAGUACGCCUUUACCUUGUUUUCGGUGCUCUUCGAGAUUGUAUCGGCAUAUGGAACUGUGGGCCUGUCAUUGGGCUAUCCGACGAUCAAUGCAUCCUUCUCCGCCGAAUUUCACACACUAUCCAAGUUGGUGAUCAUCGCCAUGCAAAUCCGUGGGCGGCACCGUGGUUUGCCCUACGAAUUAGAUCGGGCCAUCCUCCUCCCUUCGGAAAGUCUGCAAGCCAAAGAGGCGAAGGAAGCGGAGCGCAUGGCGAUGCGCCGGCGCCGCUCUUCUGCGGGACAGUCCAUCCUGUCGGCCGUGGAUGGGCAGAUGGAGGGAUUUCAUUUCCGUACCGAAACAGGACUUUCGUCGGCCACCAACCCUGGCGGCGGGAACGAUCAUCAGCUUCGACCUCGAGCGAACACCAACAGAACUCAACAGAGUACAGCAAGCGGGUCAGAGCAUACUCCUCACCAUGGUGCCCGGCAUGGACUGGGUACAGCCAUGUACAAACUCACGCCUGAUAUUGAUUCCAUCCGGGAAGAAGGUAGGCGGGAACAUCCUUAA